GGAGGAAGAGGAAGGAUCAGGAAGUGGAGGUAAACAUGGCUGCAGCUGCUGCUGACAGUUGUGGAGGAAAACCUCUUCAAAACGCCAUGAAAAUGGCCAAAGAAGCGAUUCAGCUGGACGCGGGGAGCAAAUACAAGGAAGCCUACUGUGAAUACCUGCGCACCAUCAACUACAUCUCACAUGCACUUUUGGAUGAAGCUGAGUCACAAAAGCAGAGGGACAUGGAGGUGGUGGAGGUGGAGCGGAUGUUGACGCUCGCAGAGCAGUGCGUGGAACGAGCCAAGUCCUUCGUUGAUAAGAGCGCUGACCCCUCUGACCUUUCUGCUUCCACUUCCACUUCAACUGCACAAUCAGAGUCUUAUCAGGAGCCCGGCGUCGCCGCCGCAGACACUGGGUGUCAAUCAUCCAGCCCGACAAAGACCGGUCACUGCCGGGUGUUGUCAGAUGGGGGCGGGGAACACUCCCCCUUUCUCCCCCCGGAGGUUUUCCAGCAAAUACAAACAGAGGAGUCACAUGACACGAGCAAAAAGGAGCUGACACCCAUUGAACAAGCGUCACGUCUGAACCAGAAGCUGAAAGCCACUUAUGAAGCUCGUUUGGCGAGACUUGCACCUGGUCAGGCCUAUCAGAAAACCUCUCUGAAGCUCUCGCUGCAGCGGCAGAUGAUGGAGAACCUCAUCAUCGCUAAAGCCAGACAGGAUGCUCUGCAGCGGAAGAUGGAGGAGAGAAGACUGAGGCUACAGGAAGAGGCUAACAGGAGAUUCGUGGCCUCCGGUGCAAUGACAGCAGAGGAGCAAGAACAACGGACACUUUACACCAACGUCCUGGAAUAUGAACAAGACCAUGAUUGGCCCAAACUGUGGAAAGCCAGCAUGAAGGAGAAUCCUGCUGAUGUCACGCUGGUGUCACGUCUCGUCUCCUACCUGCUCAGUCGCUCCGACCACCCGGUGGUGAAGCUGCUGAGGAAACAUCAGAACCGUGUCUACAACAGGCUCUACCCCAUCGUCAGCAAAGGCCUCCCCCAGAGUCCAGCUCUGCUGCUGAGAACGUCUCGCAGCUCUCACAGUCUCCUUCAUCCAGAGAUUCAGAGGAGGCCGGCCAGCACCGGGAGCAGCAGCGUCGGCAUCGGUUACUCGCCUCUGCCCUCUCACGACCUCCACACACACUGUGAUGACGAGGAGGAGGGGGAGGAGCCUCACACACAGGUGACAGUGGACCGGGAGAACUCAUUUGAAGACCUGGAGCAGUUCCUCACCCACCUGGACUGGAUCCCAGCAGACGACACAUGCUCCGAUUUGGAGGUGACCUCUGACCCCACCAUGCUGAAUGAGGAGCAUGUUCAGGAGCUGGAGAUGAGGGCGCUGAAGGAGCAUCUGAAGGUCGUUGUCAAAGACGUCCACAUCGCCAUUGAUCAGCUCCUGUCUCUGUGUCUCUUGUCCUUCGAGUGUUUAAACACAGCCUCCUCUAAAGAUCUGUGUCUGGCCAGCAUCGAGGAGGCCUUCUUCACGCCUCUGUGGAGCGCCCUGGUGGCCCUCUUCAGGAAGGUGAAUGCAGAACAUGAGCAGGCCUUUGAGAUGAGUGUCAAACUCUACCAGGAGGCUUCACCCAGAGACGUCGGCGUUCCCGCAAAACUCUUCCCCCAAGAACCCGGAGUGCUGCAAGGUUCCUACCCCUACGAGUCUGCUGUGGAGGAGCUGAAGCUUCUGGUGAACGACUGCUGUCCACAGAAGAAGCUGGAGUGUAUCGUUCGGACUCUGCGUAUGAUCUGUGUGUGUGCCGAGGACUACAGGUGCCUGAACGAGCUCGACUCCUCCCCAAAAACUGCUGCCAUUGGUGCCGACGACCUGCUGCCCAUCCUGUCCUACGUGGCCCUGCGCAGCCAGUGUCCUCGGCUGGUGUCCGAGUGCGCGGCGCUGGAAGAGUUCAUUCAUGAAGGGUUUCUGAUCGGAGAGGAGGGUUACUGUCUGACAUCGCUGCAGAGCGCUCUGGCUUACGUCGAGUCUCUGCACACAGAAGGAACUCAGCUUCCUGCAGACAAACUCAUCUGAGGGAGGCUGAAAGUAAACCUUUCCAACACUGAACUGUGCGCUGCAGCGCCCCACAGAGGCGACAGCUGAACCUGCACACGUGUGUCUGCUCUGAGGUUUAACUGUGGCUCAAAUAUUUUAAUUUAUACUCAAACCUCACAUCGACAUCAACCACAUAUAUUACAUGUUCUCUCUUUUACGCGCAGGAAAUUAUACAGAAAUGUGUCAAGUUGAGCUGAUGCCCCCGAAAUUACAGGGGGAAGUCGGGAUGAAAUAUUCUCCCACUUCCUCAUGACUUCACUUUAAAUGGAAAGACCUCUGCUGGGGUGUAGCGUCAGGGCAAAGGUCACACUGAACUGGUCAAAACCAGGAGAAGAGAAAGUGGAAUAGAAACUCCGAAAUAGUUGUUUUUUAUUGUUUGGAAUUUUUUUAGUUUUAAUAUAAAAAAAAAAUUGUGUGUGUGUGUUUAUUUUACAAUGGUGGCCAAAUCUCCUCCACAGACUUAAGUGAUUGCACUUUGGGUGGUGAUGCGUUCAGGGACCGCACUCUGGCUCCGUGUCAUGGCGACAGCGAGGCGCCGCAGGGGUCAAAGGUCGACAUAGUCCCAGUGAAUGUUAACGUCGUGUUUAUUUUUAAGUUUUAACACUGUUGCACUUUGUUAGUUUGCGCCAUCUUUUAAGUGUGUGUGUGAGUGAGUGUGUGUGUUUGUGUGUCGGAUCACUUUUUCAAACAACCAAGUUCUCACACAACUUGGUUUCUCCUCCACCUCCUCCUCCUCCUCCUCCUGCUGCUGCUGCUGUUUUUUGUUGUUUUGUUGUCGUUACAAAGUCGGGCAGUGACACUCGCUGCUCUUCUUCAGGCCACGCCCCCCUGCCUGGCACGAAGUGACGUGUAUGUGCAAAUUCUCUGUCGCUCUGUCUCUGUCAGAUUUUUUGUAAAAGAAUCAACGCCAUUACAGGACGAGAACCAAGAAUAAACAAACCACUGGAGCGGCGUUAAAGGGACAGGUGUGUGUUUUUUAUUAUUGUUUGUGUGGUUUUGACAUAUGAAGACGCCGCAGACAUUUGUUUCAUCUCUUCCAGACAGUUAUUCAUUUUAUUGAUUUUACAGAGGAAUGAAAAUCGUUUUGUUGAAAUUUCAUCAAACAUCUACAACAUGUGGAAAUAAAGUGUGUUUUGGAUAAAUGUGGUGUGGACGAGGUUCAGGUUUAUCAGUGUAGUUGUGUGAGACACUCAUGUGAAAACACAAGACUGUGAAUAAACUACGUCCGUUCAUGUUUUCAUGUCUCUAUCUCACUGUGAGACAGACUUCUGUAAACCACUCACUCUCCCACUCCAAACCUCAUAGAGAAAACCAGUGAUUUUGACAUCACACACACAGGAGUUGUUGAUCCACUGCUGCCUCCAUCACUAAGUUCUAAUGUCUUAUUUUGUCAUUUUCGGCUUUCAAAAUCCUUCAUUCGCAUUUACUUCGGUGACACAAAGUGACCACACGAGGCAGCAGUAGACCAGCAUCUCUUGUGUCCCCACAGCUAAAAUCACUGAUUUUCUAUAUGAGGUUUGGUGUGGGAGAGUGAGUGGUUUACAAACUUCAGUUUCCUGUUGAUAAAAGUCUGUCUGACAGUGAGAUAAAGACGUGAACGUGUUCUUAAAGACUCCACCACCUUCUAUGAAACGCGCUGCUGUAGAAAAAGCUCUUGCAACUGCACUUUAGAAACCCGAACUGUCCCUUUAAUUCUGUGAAAAAUGGAAACUGGUUGCAGCCGCAAGAGGGAAAACACUUUCAGAUAGACAGUGAUUACAUUAUGAGCUAAAACAUGUAAAAAAAAACACAGUCAAGCUUCAAACUCUAUUUUUUUUUUGUUUGUUUUUUAAUGUCAUUUUAUUUUAUGUUGUAUUUGUUUGCUUGAUUUCAGAUUUUAUGUUUGUUUUUUUGUUAGUUUUGGGUCCAAAAGAUGUGAAACCGACAAGUCGCUCUAAUAAAUGUUGUUCUAAUUGUAAAUUCUAAUUGUCAUUGUCGGGAAAGUGCGUUUUCUUUUUUUGCAAAGUGGAUUAAACCACUACGUUAAUAUCAACGACAGUUUGUAAGGAUGUGAACGUUGUCACGAUUGUUAUUAAAACUCUGAACUGUGAACGCUGGAGAACGAAAGACUGACGAGAGAAGAGUCAAUAAAGAGAACUGAAAUAUCAA